AUGUCUUCCACCUCUUGGGAAUGCUGGGAAAGUUCACCUGAACACAUGGCCAAACUUGAGAGACAUUUCCGGGGCACGAUACCCGCCACACCGUAUGCGCAUACUCGCAUUGACUCAGGGGAGGUUGCUGGAGCUGGCGAGCAAUUUAGACCGCCUGAUUCCCAGACUUCCUGGCCUCGCCACGUCGAGAUUGCUCCUGAGGACCUGGAGUUCCAGCACUCAGCUGCAGGCGACCUUGCUGUUGAAAUGCUUACCACCCCGCGUCAGCACCUCAGGAGGAUUGGUCGGACUCGAGGUGACUCACGGGCGUUCUCUUGUCCUAGUAUGCCCCAAGGCUACUCAUCAGAGGAUGUUGCUUCUCUCGUGACUCAACGAGAUAGAGCCCGAGUUGAAGCUACUCAAAGCGGUCCGUGCAUCAAACUCUCCUUAUGGACUUUGCAUUGUGUCAUGUAUUGUGUCAACAGUCUUGGAGCAGAGAAGGUCGAGAGUUGGGCGCCAAACUUGAUUGAAGCGCCCGGUCCGCCCUCUGCGGUGCAAGACACAACCGGUAUCUGGCUUGGCUUACUUUCAACAGAUCGAUCCAGCGAAUAUUCGUCCGAGUCGGAGACCGAUGUCUCCGUCUCCUACGGCUCGUCAACUCUUACGAGCGAGGAUGAUGACGACGAAUCUGCAAACGCGCAUACGCCCACGCAAGAUAAUAGAACACCUCUUAAUGCCUCACGACCGAGCACCCCGGAACCGCAUUCCUACAGUAGCACUGAGGAUGGUCAUGGACACCCGGAACAAGAUCUGGUCUUGUCAUCGCCACCAUGGUCCACACAGAAGAGGAAGCGCGUCGAUUCGCCGGACGGUGAUAACAACGAGUAA